UGACCACUCUGUCCCCCAGGGCCUGUCCGAGGCGGCGGCGGCCGAGCGGCUCCUGCGGGACGGCCCCAACGCGCUGCGGCCGCCGCGGGGCACGCCGGGCUGCGUCCGCUUCGGCCGGCAGCUGGCCGGAGGGCUGCAGUGCCUCAUGUGGGUGGCCGCGGCCAUCUGCCUGAUCGCCUACGGCGUGCAGGAGGGAGAGGGCGACCGGGGCAGCUCGGACAACCUGUACCUGGCCGUGGCGCUCAUCGCCGUCGUGGUGGUCACCGGCUGCUUCGGCUACUACCAGGAGUUCAAGAGCACCAACAUCAUCGCCAGCUUCCGCAGCCUGGUCCCGCAGCAAGCCACGGUGGUGCGAGCGGGGCAGGUGCUGCAGGUGAACGCGGCCGAGCUCGUGGUCGGGGACCUGGUGGAGAUCAAGGGCGGCGACCGCGUGCCGGCCGACAUCCGCGUGCUGGCGGCGCAGGGCUGCAAGGUGGACAAUUCCUCGCUGACCGGGGAGUCGGAGCCGCAGCCGCGCUCACCUGAGUGCACGCACGAGUCGCACCUGGAGACCCGGAACAUCGCCUUCUUCUCCACCAUGUGCCUGGAAGGUACGGCCACGGGGCUGGUGAUCAGCACAGGUGACCGCACGGUGAUCGGGCGCAUCGCCAGCCUGGCCUCGGGCGUGGAGAACGAGAAGACGCCGAUCGCGGUGGAGAUCGAGCACUUCGUGGACAUCAUCGCCGGCCUGGCCGUCUUCUUCGGCGGCACCUUCUUCGUGGUGGCCAUGCUGAUCGGAUACCCCUUCCUGCGCGCCCUCGUCUUCUUCAUGGCCAUCGUGGUGGCCUACGUGCCCGAGGGGCUGCUGGCCACCGUCACGGUGUGCCUGUCGCUGACGGCCAAGCGCCUGGCGCGCCGGAACUGCGUGGUGAAGAACCUGGAGGCCGUGGAGACGCUGGGCUCCACCUCGGUCAUCUGCUCCGACAAGACGGGCACGCUGACCCAGAACCGCAUGGCCGUGGCGCACCUGUGGUUCGACGGGCAGGUGCACGCCGCCGACACCACCGAGGACCAGUCGGGUGAGAUGGGCACACCUGAGAGGGGGACUGGGAGGGGAGGUGGGCGUGUCCUCACGGCGGCCCCGCCCCUCCCCCCCCAGCGUGACGUCAUCGGUGACGCCUCGGAGUCGGCGCUGCUGAAAUUCGCGGAAGUGACGUCAGGGUCGGUGGCGGCCGCCAGGGGGCGCUACCCGAAGGUGGCGGAGCUGCCGUUCAACUCCAGCAACAAAUUCCAGGUGAGACACCUGGGACAG